UUUUUCCCGACUUAGUCAUUUCCCCUGUAAGUUUCCGAAACUUAACCCGGAGGAUGCUCUUCACAAGGUGUGACCGCGCAUGACGUGCGUGACGUACCUGGUUUAUAAAGAGAUGCGCUCCCCGUCCGUGGCAUCCACUCGGCACUGGCGCGCGCAAUGGCAGACGCUGAAAUCCAGUCGCUCCAUUACUCUGUUGGUGUUUUAGGAAUCUCUGGCGGCGCUCUUCUACUUCUGGUGAAUGACUAUGGCAGUGCCCCGGGACAGAGUCUAAUCUCCAGCACCGCCCUAGGAGUUCUGCUGCUCAUCAUCGCCGCUCUGCUGGCAUAUUCUGGAGUGAGACGCAGCCUCUCCGCCGCUCCCCUGUUCACAUGCCUGUGCUUGACGGUGUCUGCCCUGUGGUGUGGCUCAGGCCUGGUGUACAUCCUGGUAGGGGAGAACAUAGUCGCCCCCACCCCCGACAACCUCAGAAAUGCCAUGAUCCCUGGCCUUGCAGCUUUUACACUUGCCCUGCUCGUAUUAGCACUGGUAGCUGUGUUAGCCAAGGAGACAGUGCUCUUUAUCAUAGCCCUCACCAUCAGCUUAGCCUGCGCCCACCAGAUAGCCGGGCUAGCCGACGUUAGCUUCGGACAAGCUGCUACCGCGGCUAACUACCUCCUCGUAUGCUGCAUAGGUGCGUAUUUCGGGAUUGGUCGGCUGCUCUCGUUUAUCACGCGUGGCGCCGUGCAGCUUCCCGGCACAGCAGGCGCGUCAGACAAAUCCAACCAGACCAAACCACAGGGCCUGGACACUGCCGACGUUGUAGCCGUCGGUCUGGUUAUGAACCUGCUGUCUGCUAGCGUGCUAGCCUGCCCCGUAGUGGACGUGAUCCCUAGGCUGUCUCAAGGCCUAGUGCCAUGGCUGUGGACAGCUGGCGUCUUCCAGCUCGGCGUCUGCCUCCUCUGCUACCGCGGCCUCGACAUCAUAUCCGCCACAUUUUAUGGUUUCAUGGCCAUUCUGAGAUUCGCAGAGGGCUACAGCGUGCUAGUGGCCGACCUAACGGGUGACGCUCAGCCCUAUUCGGCCGUCCCCUUCCCUGCAGUCUUCGCCAUCCUGUUCUCCAUUCUGGCGCUGUUUAGCUUCCAGCGGAGCUUGGCGGACACCCUCUACCAGCUCUUCUUCGUAGCCUAUAGCAUCGCUAUCGCCGCCCAGCCCCAAGGCUUCUUCCAGGCCGGCACGCAAGGCGUCCAGGCGGCCAUCUUCGUUGCCACGACGCUGAUGCUCCUGGUCACUCUCAACAACAAGGCAUCGGCCUACAAGAUCCCCACAGGCGACAGCUUGCUCAAAGCCCUGACCACCCGCACCACCGGCAGCCUCUCCCUGAGGUCCCAGGACAAGGACUUCCAUGCCCCAUACUUGGGCUACUCCAAGUACGCCGACGCUGAGGUCCUGGGCCACGGCUGCAGUGUGCUGGCUGCCUUUGCUAUCACGGCCACCGUGGGGACUGAGGGGCCUCUGGCUGUGCUGAUCCUGCCCUGGGCGGUAGUGUCCGGGGGCGUCCUUCAGCUCCUGUGCGGCUCCGUGGCCUUCUCCCGGGGCAAGACGCUGGAGAGCGCCGCCUUCAUCAUGCAGGGCUUCAUGUGGACGGUGUGGGGGCUGACACGCUUCGGCGGCCUGUACGGCUCCACGCGUGGCUUCAGCGUGGCCGUGGGGAUCAUCUCCUUCAUGCUGUUCAACGCGCUGGUGACGGUGGCGGCGCUGUUCCUCAGCGUGGCCUGGUUCGCCUACGCCUUCACCUUCCAGCUCAUCCUCAUCAGUUUCCUGUUGGACAGCGUGGGGGCACUUCCCUACGGCUACGAUAUCGGCGUCACCAUCAUCUUUGGCCUGGUCAGUUUCUAUUGCUUCCUGGCACACCUGUUCAACACCACCUUCCAAACGCCACAGAUGCCACUCGGGGCGCCGCUGGUGAGGCUGAUGGGCAAGGGCCGGGACAAGUGCCCUCACCUGCCCUCCAGGAAGGCCACGUCUGUCAUGAAGAUCGCAGAGAUUAUGAAGAAUGGCGGCAUAUGCGGGAUGCCAACGGAUACAGUCUACGUGCUGGUGGCGGCUUGCAAUCGCCCUGACGCUGUUGAAAAGGCCUACAAAACCAAGCAGCAUGCUGGGGACCGGCCCAUGUCCUUGUGGGUGUCGUCCAUCAAACAGCUGGAGCCAGUGAGGGCCCAGAUAAACCCCCUCCUCUGGGACCUGAUGGAAGCAGCCUGGCCGUCUUCCAUCAGCCUCGUCAUCCCAAGAGCCCCCUGGAUGGAAUUUUUUGGUCUGAAGGACUCAUCAAAGUACAUCGGCACGCCACAAAGCAUAGCCAUCAGAAACCCAGACUGCACCGUAGCCACACAGCUCAUAAAUCUGGUUGGACCGAUCGCUGUGACUUCCGCAAACCCCACUGGCGAGGCAGACACCACUCAUCAUAACCAGGUGUAUGCUAAACUGGGAGACAAGGUGGACGCUGUGCUGUGUGAUGGUCCGUCCCCUGAGAACAUUGCUUCCACGGUGGUGGACUGCACCAAGAUCGACAGUGGAAACAUUGGCUUCUUCAGAGUGGGGCUUAUACCCAAGUCAAAGGUGUUGCAGCUUUUCGAGGAGGUUCAGAAGAAGCAUAAGCAUGGGCAGAUGAACCCUGGCUUCGAGACAGACAUCAGCGACUCGAUGGAGCGGGAGAGGGCAACGGCAAUAACAGAUGAGGAGAGGACAGAUGUGGAGAGGACAGACGAGGAGAGGACAGACGAGGAGAGGACAGACAAAGAAGAGACAACAGCCGAGACGGAUCAUGCAGAGGACUCCGAUUCAGAGUCCAAUGACACUCUUUAGGUCUCCGAUAGCCUAUGCUGCACGCGGCAAUGACAUUACAUUACCCUCAAUGGGUAUUGGGCAGUAGUGGCAAUAAUUUGCAGAUGUUGGGCAAAGCUUGUCCAAAAAGGCCAUUGCUGUAGUUAUUUAUUGAGUACUGGGCAACAGUCUAGUGUAUAUCGCACUCAUCCAACAGGAAAGCAUCAGCAGGUGCCAAAUGAAAAACUGUCAAAUAUGUAGAAGCGGGGAAGGAUCUGCGCACUCUGCUUGCAAAAGAGCAAGGUUGAACAAGAUCUAUGAUCGAAACAUUGCUCCCAAUAAAGUCUUUUGCAAACAGUGUGCAGAUUCUUCCCCGUUUCUAUAUAUUGGAGAAUAAGUGGCAAUCACUUGCAGAUGUCGGGCAAAGCUUGUCGAAAAAAUGCCAUUACUGUAGUUCACUGUUAUUUAAAAGAUAAUUGCUAUUCUUACAAAUCUGGCUUAAAAAUGUAGCUUGUAAAAUAUGUAAAAUUACCUUAAGUUAUUUAUAUAUAUCUACCAUUGUCAAAAAACAUUCAAUGGUUAAGUAAAGUGAAAGUAAGUACCGGUAAAGUAAAGUAAAGUAAAGUAAGUCCAAUUAAGUCCUUCCAACUGAUCCAUCCUCUGAUCCUCAGCACUAAUGUCAAAAGCCAUAUAAUUCUGUUCACCCCUUGUAUUGCCAUUCCAAUGCACUGUUUUAUGAAAAUUAGUAAAAAUUAUCGUACAACGACUCUAUGCUAUGAUUAUAAUUCAGCCUGAAAGGCCAUUAAAAUGAACCAUAUAUGUUGUGCAUAUUCUCUUUUGUAAAUAUCAACAUAGCAUGUCAUUCAAAUGUUGAACAUGCUGUGGCAUACUUUGAAUGUUUUAAUGAUUUGUUUUUGUAUAAUAAACAUAACACUGUUUGUCAGUCCUUGUCCAACCCUCAA